CCAGAGAAUCCACUAGUCUGUCAGAGAAAACAGUUAGGCGAGGAAGCUUCAUCAAAUUGUGAAUUCGGUGACUUCGGUAAUUUUUCGAAUUUUCGAUCUCGUCGAAAUCGAAUCGAAAAGAAAGUUGCACGAGACCAAGUUCGUAUGUGCACCGAGUGCGUUCAAAACGAUACGGAAAAGAUAACUGUUUCGAUACGUCACGACGUAUACGUGAAAGAAAGUGAAAAGAAUGACAAGCAUGAGGCAGUUCGUUCGCUAUGCGCGUAGACUGGGCCAGAUAUCAGAGAGUGGGACAAAAGUUGUAAACCGGUUCGUGAAAUAUGCGUCUACUCAAGCUCGACACAAAUUCAUAGAGGAUGAAAAUGGGAAAAAAAUUUUCCUUUCUCCGUAUGGGGAUUUUACGCCUUCCGAUAAUCUCGUUCAUGAAUACAUAUGGAAGAAUGUCGAGAGGUUCCCUAAUCGCAUUGCAUUGGAAUGUUCGGUAACCGGGAAAAAAUACACGUACGCUGAAGCGAGGGACGCGAGUAAUUAUAUCGCGAGAAGUUUGAAGAAUAUGGGUUUGAAGAAAGGUGAUUUGGUGGCCCUAGUAACGCCCAAUUAUCCGGAAACGGUUUUAGCUGCUGUCGGUGUUUUAGAAGCUGAUCUUAUUCUCACUACCAUGAAUCCUACUUACACAAUCGAGGAAAUGAAGAAACAAAUAAAGGAUUGCGAGGCUAUUGCGAUAAUCACAGCUGCAGAAAUUGCACAUAUUGUACUUGAAGCGAGGAAAAAUACUUCCGCGUCACGAGGACCCUUCGUGGUUAUCGAGGAUGGUAUUAGAUCUAUUCCCGAAGGCAGUGUGCCGUUUAAGGAUCUUAUCACACGAGGUAAAACAUUACCGCCUAUAACGCAUCAUCAAAUGACCUCGAAUGAUCUAGCCAUCUUGCCAUAUUCCAGUGGAACGACUGGCAUGCCGAAAGGUGUCAUGUUGACGCACAAGAAUUUAGUAAGUAACAUGGAAAUGGUGGAAUAUUCGGCGGAAGAAAGAAUGUGGCGACAUACAACUGCCGAUUUUCAAGAGGUACUACCCCUAAUUAUACCCUUCUUCCAUAUUUUCGGAUUGAAUGCCGCGACCCUGCCUCGUCUCCAUAACGGUACAAAAAUAAUAACUCUUCCAAAGUUCACGCCGGAAAUAUUCGUGGACGUUUUAAUGAAACAUAAAAUAACAGGUUUAUUCGCAGUACCAUCUUUGAUCACGUUUAUAAAUAUCUGCCCUUUGCUUAAAAAGGAGAUUUUCGAAAAUACACAUCACAUUAUCACCGGGGCGACACCAUUACCGGCGGUGGAUGUAGAGAAAUUUUACGAAAGAUAUCAGAUAAACAGCGAUAACUUGAAAUUCUCUCAAGGAUACGGGAUGACGGAAACUUCACCCGUGAUUUGCUUAGACACGUGGAGUCGAAAGUCAGCAAGUAUCGGGCAAAACAUUGCCGGUUGCGAAUUACGAUUAGUCGAUUCAGCAACGAACGAGGAUAUUUCUAUAGCUGGUCAAAAGGGAGAAAUAUGGGCCAGGGGGCCUCAUAUCAUGAAAGGAUAUUUAAACAACGAGAAAGCGACGAGAGAGAUGAUUGUCGAUGGUUGGCUGAAAACUGGGGACGUUGGUUAUUUCGACGACGAGUUUUAUUUCUUCGUCACGGAUAGGAAGAAAGAUUUGAUCAAAGUUAAAGGAUUCCAGGUACCACCAGCCGAAUUGGAAGCUUUGAUAAAAAGACAUCCAAAUGUUGUGGAGGCAGCUGUGAUUGGUAUUCCAAACGAAAGGUUCGGCGAGAUACCUAAAGCUUUUGUAAUUCUCAAGGAAGGUACCAAGGCGACGGAUGACGAUAUCAAAAAUUUCGUAAAAGACAAAGUGUCGGAAUAUAAGCAACUCAGAGGAGGAGUGACAUUUGUUGACAGUAUACCAAAGAACGCAAGCGGAAAAAUUUUACGAAACCAAUUGAGAAACGAGCACAAAUAGUAAAAGUUUGUGCUCAAGAGUGAAGAAGAAAAUUUCACGCUUCGAGGCCUCGAUUUACAGUUCGUACCAUAAUGGAAUCAAUUAUCGAUUAAGAACAGAGUAGGAUUAAUCAUUUCUAUAUCGAUUGGCAUAAUGGUAUAUGAGUCAUCCAACUAUUAUAUUGAUAUGGUAAAAGAUAUGUUAAUAACGUUUAUUCACUUGUUUUGUGUAUAAUAUUGUUAUCUCAUAAGUGCCUUACAAGUAUCUUAUUGAUUACGAUAAUUUUUAAUAUUUUUACAUUUAUAUAUAUAUAUAUACAUAUCUAUUUUAAAAUAAUGGGUUUAGUAAACAUAUAUAAAUACGAUGUACUUAUUAGAAUAACGGGAAUAACGCGGUUAAAAUAACGUGAUUACGAAGUGCAUUUUUAAAAUUAUACGUAUAUCUUUUUACUUUUAAUGUCAUUUAAUAUACGCAAAUAUUAUCAGUUUAUUGUUGUGCAAUAUUUGACAAUGCAAUUAAUUUUUAAGAUUAUUUUUAGAUAUUAAAUUUUAUCGAUUUUUAUAGAACAUUUGUACAAGAAAGUUACAGGGAUUUUAAACUUUUAAACAAUAAAAUCUUUUAUAGUUUUAUAGUUGUGUUAUAAA